ACAGACUUCCGCAAAGCUGCCUCACAGAGGGACUCAGAGCACUCAGAGAGACAGAGUAGCUGCUGAGUACUUGCUAAUGGCUGACAAGAGCUACAUUGAGGAAUCUGAGCCCUUGCCUGAGAAAGAGGAGACUGUGGAGUGGGGCUAUGAGGAAGGAGUUGAGUGGGGAUUAGUCUUUCCUGAUGCUAAUGGAGAAUACCAAUCUCCUAUUAACCUGAAUUCAAGAGAAGCCAAAUAUGACCCUAAACUGCUGGAAGUACGUUUAUCACCAAACUACGUUGUAUGCCGUGAUUGUGAAGUCAUCAAUGAUGGUCACUCAGUCCAGAUCCUUUUAAAAUCCAAAUCAGUGCUAGUAGGAGGACCAUUACCUCGGGGACAUGAAUUUGAACUGCAUGAUGUUCGAUUUCACUGGGGUAGAGAAAAUCAGCGUGGCUCUGAACACACUGUUAAUUUUAAAGCGUUUCCCAUGGAGCUUCACCUAAUUCACUGGAACUCCACAAUGUACCACAGUAUUGAUGAGGCAAUUGGGAAGAAGAAUGGCAUUGCCAUUAUUGCUUUAUUUGUGCAGAUAGGAAAGGAACAUUCAGGCCUAAAGGCUGUGACUGAAAUUCUGCAAGAUAUCCAGUACAAGGGGAAGAGCAAGACAAUACCCUGUUUUAAUCCUAAUACAUUAUUGCCAGACCCACUGUUACGAGAUUAUUGGGUGUACGAAGGCUCUCUUACAGUUCCACCCUGCAGUGAAGGUGUGACAUGGAUAUUAUUUAGAUAUCCUUUGACUGUAUCUCAGCUUCAGAUAGAAGAAUUUCGAAGACUGAGGACACAUGUUAAAGGGGCAGAACUCCUAGAAGGCUGCGAUGGAAUUCUAGGAGAUAACUUUAGGCCUACACAGCCACUUAGUGACAGAGUCAUAAGGGCAGCCUUCCAGUAGUAGAGAGAAACAGUGAAAUAAUCCUGAUGUAGAUCCCUUUGAUAGUGACCUUGAACCAGAAGAUCCUCCCCAAAGGACAUGUUGUCCCUGAACCUGCCUGAAACAGACCAAGGGGAACACUCCUUAUUUUUAUAAGAAGGAGGAUGUGAUGCUGGACUCUGAUCUCAAGAGCAAAGACUUUCUAACAAAGAAUCUCAACUUCUUUCUAAAUUAAUGCACCAAACUACACAAGACUGCUCAUUGUCCUUUAGGCAAAUGGUUGAACUGACUGAAGGUAUAAUUUGAGGACAUUUAGCAGUUUCACAGGGUUAAGAUAUAACCCAGAGCAUUGUUCAUUUUAGCUUUCACUAAAUGGCAGAGCUCUGACAGAUCUCAAGCUCCCAUUUGGAUAUAAGAGCUUAAACGAGUUCUAGUCUUUUUCAGAUCAACAUCUAGUUUACCUGAGGGGCCAUUCUUCUUCAAACCCCUUGGUAUCUGCUACUUUGCUGCUUACUUAAUUCAGAUGACUUAAAAUUGUCUAUAAUUUUCCAUCUGCUACCAAUGACCUCCAAUGUACCAGAUCAACCCUUUGUGGAUUUGCACAGUAUCUGUAUGUUUUUCACUUCAUCUGGAAUGGGAACCCUGUGAUUGGUU